AUGCGCGGCGCUGCGGGCUCCUGCGUGUUCGACUCGCGGGGGGGGAAGCGGGAGGGGGAAGAGGCGCUGCUGGGGCUCUGGAAGGGCCUCCUCGCCUUUACCAGGCACGACCGGUAUAGUCACACUGUCUACAAGCACAUUCUUUUCGCAUUUCACUUCGUUACCAUAAAAAUCCGCGCUGUUGCGCAUGCCAACCAUCCUCAACCACAUUCAACUCCUCUUUCUCCAAUUCCUUCCCUCCCCACCUCCCACUUCCCCUCCCAACACCCCACCUGUUCCCCCAGUCAGACGUUAGAAUACCCCCCCAGCCUCUGCCUCCCCCUAUUGUCCCCCUCCUUCACCUCGUCCCACACACCUCCACACCCCACUUCACCCCACUUCCAACCUUUUUCUCUUGAUAAAAUCCGUGUGAAGUGGGAGGCGAGGUCACUUCCCCCAACGCAUGCUGAUUCCGCCACUACUGCUGCUGCUGCUUGCCUGUUUCGCCUGCAUUGGCACCAUCCCUCAUGGGGUUUGGGCCUUGGAGCACAGCAGAAGCAUGAGAGGCUCAUCAAGCGGGAGGAGGGCAAGGCACAGCAGUACGAGUGCAAAUACUGCCCCCUUGUCUUCUCUGGUGCCGCCAUCCGUUGCGCUCAACACCUGACGUCAUGGAAGACCAUGAAGCGCCCGGAGGUGACACUUUGCAAGAAUGCCCCGGCUGAUGUUCGCCUCGCGAUGAAGUCCAAGUACGAGAAGCAGGCCGCAGAUGCAGAGGAGAGGCGGAGAUCGACUGAGGCUGCGAUUGCCUCGGUGACACCAGGUGGGAAGCGGUCCCGCAUAACCGACUAUCUCGCGGGCGACGCUGCAUCGGCAAGACGCGAAGCACAUCAGUCGCUUGCGCUGAUGUUUGCGGGAUGUCACAUCCCGGAGCAGAUCGUCGACCAUCCUCUCUUCGUCAACGCAAUCAGAGACGUCGCCCGCGCCGGCGACAACUAUGUUCCACCAGGAUGGAAGUACAUCGGCGGUAACGGUCUUCAAGCAUGCCGCCGUGGCAUUGAAAGCGGGUUGGUGGGCAUCAAAGCAAGCUGGAAAAAGGUUGGAGUAACUGUCGCGUCCGACAUGUUGACGGACAGAAACGGGAGGCCGCAGGCAAAUGUCUUCCUCGUUAACGACGCGGGCGCCGUGUUGCAUGUGUGCGUGGACUGCAACAUGGAGAAGAAGACAGGGGGAUACAUUGCGGGGUUACUAAAGCCCGUGGUGGAGGAGGUGGGGGCGGAGAACAUCGUCGCUUUUUGUAUGGACGGCGGCUCCAACUACGCGGUUGCGUGCCAGACCUUGGUUGCAGAAUGGCCCCACAUUCAGAUUGUCCCUUGUGCGACCCACGUCCUGGAUCUCCUCAUGGAGGAUGUGGGGAAGCUUGGGUGGGCGAAAGGGGUGGUGGAUCGGGCUGGGGAAAUGAGUUCCUUCGUCCGCAACCACCACUGGACGGGGGGGUACUUGCGGACGCCGGAGCUAGUGGAGGGGACCGUGAUGCAGGCGUUGAAGCCAGCGGGGACACGCUUCGGGACACAGUAUACAACUGUUUCCCGCCUACGUGCCCUUCGUAAUUCCCUUACCCAGAUGGUGCUCUCCGACCUGUGGAAAGAUUGGGCGGUGGGGGAUCGAAAGAAAGCAGCGGAGGGGUUUGCCGCGCAGGUACUCGAUGCGGCUUGGUGGAAGACCGCCGAGUUCUUCACGAAGCUCAUGAAGCUCCCCUUCAUCGCGAUGCGGCAGACGGAUGGGAGCGCAAAGGGGAUGAUGGGGCGAAUGCACGACAUAAUGCUCCAACUUACCGAGGAUGUGGAGGCCCUUGUCGACGCAGAUGAGGAGCACUUGUCCAGCACCGACAAGCAGCAGAUCCGCCGCAUCCUGAAAAAACAGGUGGGACGGGAGUCUUGCAUGCGUCAUGCACGUGGCGGGACGCAUCCUCAACCCCGCCAAGCAAGAGGACAUCUUCGGCGGGGAUGCGGAAUGCACAAGGGUGUUCAAGGCUUUCCUCUCCAAACAUGCGGAGUUCCUCAACGUGUGGGAGAAGGAGGGGGGUGA